UGCCGUGCUGCUCCACCAAUCAGCGACCUGUGUUCGAACCGCAAUCGUUUAAACUGCGCUGCGAUCACAACACUUCAUAAAACGAGCCACCCCUGCCAUUAUUGACACACUGAAAAUACCUACAGUGGAAAUACCUGACGAUUUGUGAAACGAGACUCUAUAAACUUCAGAUCAUGGAGGAUGACAGCGAGUGGAUGAAGCUGCCUGUCGACCAGAAGUGUGAACACAAGGCAUGGAAAGCGAGGUUAACUGGCUACGAGGAAGCUCUGAAAGUCUUCCAGAGGAUCGACGACGAGAAGAGCUCAGAAUGGGGGAAGUUCCUGGGACUUAUCAAGAAGUUUGUGACCGAGUCUAACGCCGUGGCCCAGCUGAAGGGACUGGAGGCCGCCCUGGCCUUUGUACAGAAUGCACAUAUAGCGAAUAGGUUGGCGGGGGAGGUGGUGAGUGGUGUGGUGACGAAGGUUUUUAACCAGGCCAAGGUCCGGGCCCGAGAGCUGGGCUUUGAGAUCUGCCUCAUGUUCAUCGAGAUAGAAAAAGCGGACGCCGUCCAGGAGGAGCUCAUCAAGGGCAUCGACAACAAGAACCCAAAGACCGUCCUGGCCUGCGUGGAAACCCUUCGGAAGUCACUCUGUGAAUUUGGCGCCAAAACGGUGACGUUGAAGCCCAUAGUCAAGGUCUUGCCAAAGCUGUUUGAGUCCAGAGACAAGGCCGUGCGAGACGAAGCGAGGCUGUUGGCUGUAGAAGUCUACAGGUGGAUCAGAGACGCAUUAAGGCCUUCCCUUCAGACCCUGACUCCUGUACAGCUGAAGGAGCUGGAGGAGGAGUGGGGUAAGGUCGCCCCCGGAGCCCCCAGGCCGAGCCGUUUCCUCCGCUCCCAGCAGCAGAAUCAGCAGAAACACGUUGAAGCCGCGGUAGACGAGGCGGAGGAUGUGCACGGAAACAGUGACGUUGAGGACUCUGUCCCACAUAUGGAUCCCUACGAACUCCUGGAUCCAGUGGACAUCCUCUCCAAACUCCCCAAAGACUUCUAUGAGAAAAUGGAAUCCAAAAAGUGGCAGGAAAGGAAAGAAUCCCUGGAUGCUCUGGAGACGCUCGCUAAGAACCCCAAGCUAGAAGCGGGGGAUUAUGGGGAUGUAGUCCGCGCGCUGAAGAAGGUCAUAGCUAAAGACGCCAAUGUGAUGUUGGUGUCUCUGGCUGCUAAAUGCCUCGCUGGAAUCGCAACUGGUCUCCGGAAGAAGUUUGGGACAUAUGCUGGUCUUGUGGUGUCUGCGUUAUUGGAGAAGUUUAAGGAGAAGAAGCCUCACGUUGUCCAGACUCUACAGGAAGCCAUCGACGCAGUGUUUCUCACAACCACGCUCCAAAGCAUGAGUGAAGAUGUUCUCGCGGUGAUGGACAACAAGAACCCCUCCAUCAAGCAGCAGGCCUCGUUGUUCCUGGCCAGAAGCGUCCGUCUCUCGGCCCCCGGGAGCCUGCCCAAGACCCUGGUCAAACCCCUCUGCAUCGCCCUGCUCAAGCAAGUGAAUGACUCGGCUCCUGAAGUGCGAGACGCUGCCUUUGAAGUCCUGGCGACGUUGAUGAAAGUCGUGGGAGAGCGCGCCGUCAACCCCUUCCUGGCUGACGUCGACAAAGCCAAGCUCGAGAAGAUAAAAGAGUUCGCCGACAAGAUCCAACUGGCUGGGUCGAAGAAGGCGGGAGAAGUGAAGGAGAAGUCUGUCGCUGCUCCACAGCCAACUCCGCAGGCGUCUGCCAAGCCUGCUGGACCCACCAAAAAGCCCCCCUCGGCCAAGGCAGCCGGGGCUUCUAAGAAGGCCAAACCUGCGGCCGGGGGGAAACGGCCCGACGGAGGGAAGAACAAGAAGGCGGCGGAGCCCAAGGCCGUGGAGACUGAGCUCUCUGUGGAGGUGUGUGAGGAGAGGGCUGCAGCUGUCCUCCCCGCCACCUGCAUGCAGCAGCUGGACAGUGGCAACUGGAAGGAGAGGCUGGCCAGCAUGGAGGAGUUCCUCAAGGCCGUGGAGAGUAUGGACGGUGACGAGAUGCCCUGCCAGGCUCUGGCCCGAAUGCUGGCCAAGAAACCAGGAUGGAAAGAGACCAACUUUCAGGUGAUGGGGCUGAAGCUACAGGUGGUGGCGGCGGUUGCCCACAGGGGCCGUUUCUCCAAGACCUCGGCCCUCGUGGUCCUGGAGGCGCUGGUGGACAAGGUCUCCGACGUCAAGUGUGGGGGGAAGGCCAAGGACGCGCUCACAGCCAUCGGCGAGGCCUGCUCCCUCCCCUGGACCGCUGAGCAGGUCGUCUCGAUGGCCUUUACCCAGAAGAAUCCGAAGAACCAAGCGGAGGCGCUCAACUGGCUGUCCACUGCGAUAAAAGAGUUUGGAUUCAAAGGAGUCAACGUCAAGGCUUUCAUCACCAACGUCAAGACUGCUUUGGGAGCCACGAAUCCUGCGGUCCGCACGGCCGCCGUCUCCCUGCUGGGCGUGAUGUUCCUGUACCUGGGCGCGUCGCUGCGCGUCUUCUUUGAGGACGAGAAGGCGGCCCUGCUCUCUCAGAUAGACACAGAGUUCCAGAGGAUGCAAGGGCAGUGCGCGCCAGCCCCCUCCAGAGGCUCCGGCAGGAACGAGGGCGAGGAGAAGGAGGGGGAGGCAAACGAGGAGGGAGUCGACGAGGCCGCGUCCGACGUCGUGGAUCUGCUUCCCCGCACAGACAUCAGUGAGAAGAUCACCGGGGACCUGACGGAGAAGAUCUCGGACAAGAACUGGAAGAUCCGGAAGGAGGGGCUGGACGAGGUGGGGGCCAUCAUAUCGGAGGCCAAGUUCAUCAAGCCCACGCUGGGAGACCUCCCGCUGGCGCUCAAGGCCCGCCUGGCAGACUCCAACAAGAUCCUGGUCCAGCAGACUUUGGGCAUCAUGCAGCAGCUGGCCACGGCCAUGGGCCCGGGCCUGAAGCAGCACGUCAAGGCCCUGGGCCUACCGGUCAUCACGGUCCUGGGGGACGGCAAGAACCUGGUCCGCGCCGCCGCCCUGAACACGAUGAACGCCUGGGCGGAGCAGACGGGCAUGAAGGAGUGGCUGGAGGGCGAGGAGCUGUCGGAGGAGCUGAAGAAGGAGAACCACUUCCUCAAGCAAGAGCUGCUGGGCUGGCUGACGGAGCGCCUGGCCACUCUGCGCGGGGGGCCCUCGGACCUCCCGCUGUGCCUGGCCCCCCUGUACGCCUGUCUGGAGGACCGCAACGGAGAGGUGCGCAAGAAGGCCCAGGACGCCCUGCCCCUCUUCAUGACCCACCUGGGCUUCGACAAGAUGAACAAGGCCGCGGGGAAACUCAAGCCGGCGUCCAAGGACCAGGUGGUGGCCCUGCUGGAUAAGGCCAGGGCCGCCAUGCCAGCCAAGCCGGCGCCCCUCGCCAAAGCAGCUGCUGGCGCUCCCUCCGUCAGCCGACAGGCCGCAGUCACGGCUCAAGUGGCGUCGACCGCCUGUUCAGGUUCUGACGUCACGGAGGACAGAGUCGACGUCAAGACCUCUAAGGCGGCGUCCGCACCCAAAGGAGGGAAGCGGAGGUCUCAGGAGUUGAACUCGAGCGGCGGCAGCAGCUUGAACUCCAGCAGCUUGAACUCCAGCUUGGAGAAAGAGUCGACCGGCGCCAAAGCUCCCGGCUGCCCCCUAGCAAAGAAACGCAAACGGUGUUCCGUGGUGGGGAAGAAGCCCUCCGCCAAGGGCAAAGAAGAGGAGGACCUCUCGGGGCCGCUCUUCAUCCUGGUCCCCAACAGGAAGGAGCAGCGUGCUAAGGACGAGAAGAGCUUAAAGGUGCUGAAGUGGAACUUCCCGUCCCCGCGGGACGAGUACGUGGAGCAGCUCCGCGGCCAGAUGGCGCCCUGCGUGGCCAAGUGGCUGCAGGACGAGCUCUUCCACGCCGACUUCCACCACCACAUCAAGGCCAUCGGCGCCAUGACGGAGCAUCUGGAGGCGGAGAUGGCCUCGAUGGUGUCCUGCCUGGACCUGGUCCUCAAGUGGUUCACGCUGCGCUUCUUCGACACCAACACCAGCGUGCUGAUGAAGGCCUUGGAGUUCCUGAAGCUCCUCUUCCCCUUGCUCAGCCAGCAGGACUACCGCCUCAGCGAGCUGGAGGCCACCGCAUUCAUCCCCUACCUCAUCCUCAAGAUGGGAGAGUCGAAGGACGUGGUGCGGAAGGACGUCCGCUUCAUCAUGGCCAACCUGGCUAAGGUGUACCCGGCCAGCCGGCUCUUCCCCCUCAUCAUGGACGGAGCCAAGUCCAAGAACUCCAAGCAGCGUUCUGAGUGUCUGGAGGAGCUGGGCUGUCUCAUCUCGCUGUUCGGUUUGUCGGUCUGCCAGCCGACGCCGACCAAGGCGCUGAAGGAGAUCGCCGUGCACAUCGGCGACCGGGACACACUGGUCCGCAACGCGGCGCUCAACACCAUCGUGGUGGUCUACAACAUGGUCGGAGAGCAGAUCUACAAGCUCGUCGGGAACCUAUCGGAGAAGGAUCUCAGCAUGCUGGAGGAGAGAAUCAAGCGCUCGGCCAAAGAGACGGCCAAGCCCGUCGAGGACAGCAAACCCUGCAGGACGGUGCCUUCCCACGCCAACGCCAGCGUGCUGCGCAGGCCGGCUGACGACAAUGCGGCCGCCAAGCCACGUCCGCCGCGCUCCCAGGGUGCAACGGGGCCCAAUGACCAGGAGCCCCCCCCGUUCAAGGUGCAGUUGGACCUGGACUUCGCGCAGUUCGAGGCCGGCUGGACGCCGGUCACGAGCCCCGUCCUGCUGGAGCACAACCUGGACGACCUGCCGCACGAUGGCAUGCCCCUGCCCCAGCCCAGGCCACGAACGCAUCUCCAGCCUAGUCCUGCUGCCGCCAUCAGCAUGGUCAUCUUCAAGGUGGCAUCUGAAGACAUCAACACCAGCGUGCAGGCCUUCACCCAGAUGGACGAGGUGUUGCAGCAGGGCGAGCGCUCCCAGGUGGUGGCGGGCAACGUGAACCAGUUCCUGAGCGCCACGGUGCAGCAGCUCCGGCUCACCCACAGGGUCCACCUGGCGGACCAGCGCGUGGCCAAGGAGGCCGUCCCCAACCUGUACAGCUGCAUCAUCGGCACCGUCAUCACGCUGCUGGGCGUGGACGUCCUGGCCCUGGAGAUGUCGUCGGGCGUGCUGAAGGACCUGGUGGAGGCACUGCUCACCGCCAUGUUGGACCCCCGGGUGGCGGCGCUGGGGCAGGGGUCCAAGGUCAUCGGCUCCAUCAACUUCCUGUUCAGGCACCUCUUCGAGAAGGCGGACCAGACCAACAUCCUCAGCGCUCUGCUGGUGCUGCUCCAGGAAGCCCUGGCCUCCUCGGUGUCCCCCAACUUCUCAGACUACGUCAUGAAGUGUCUGUGGAGGAUCAACCGGUUCCUCCCACAGAACAUCUCCAAGGUGAACCUGGACCGCAUCCUGCUCGACAUCCACAACUUCAAGAAGAUGCUGUCUAAGGAGAAGCAGCAGCGGGCGCCCAACGACAUGACCCAGCGCACGCUGAAGACCCUGCUGCACACGCUGUGCCGGCUCACCGGCCCCAAGAUCCUGGAGCACCUGACCCUGGUGAACCGCAGUGAGUCGGACCUGGAGGCCCAGCUGAAGAAAGCCCUCAAGCCGCCCGCCAAUAAGACGGGGAAGGCCCUGGAACCCGCGGGACAGAAGAGCAAAGCGGGCCUGGACCUGGGCCAGAUCCUCAAGAAGAUCUGCUCCAAGAAAGCCGCCCAAGAAGGCCUCAUGGAGCUGUGGGAGCACAAGCGAACGCACCCCGACGUGGACCUCAGCUCCCUGCCGCCCACGUGGCAGAGCUUCAUCGAGAGUGGCCUGGCCAAGAUCUCCGCCGAGAGGCGGGCGGAGUGCCGUCCUCCCACCACAGGCCUGUCCAAGCAGGGCGGCACAGAGGAGAAGCCGGCGUCGAACUACAGGGAACGGAUGAAAGCCAUACUGCAGGUCGCCGGCUCGUACAACGAGGAAACCCUUCCCAGCUCGGGUGUUAAAGUCAGCGUUGACCAACCGGACCUCAGGCUCUCGGACUACAUGGAGAGAUUCAGGAGACUCUGCGAAAGGCCCGGAAUCGAGAACAGGCCGAUGGAAGAGCCCAAGAACGGGUCGGUGAAGUCCCCGGCCCGCUGCGCAUCUUCGUUGUCCUCCCACACGGCGUUCAGCGGGUCCUCUCGGCCCCCGAAGAGCCCCGCCCGGCCAGCCGCCCCGGCCCCGGCCUCCAGCGGCAGUGGCAGCCUGGACGACAUCCGCCGGAGGCUGGAGAGGAUGAAGAACAACCGCUGAGUCCGGCCUCUCCGCGGUGCCCUCUGCUUCGAUUGCACAGUUGUUGUUGCACAGUAUGUUUGUCUUCAUUUUAAUGUACCAUGUUUUCUUAAUAUACUUUGUCUUGUAUAACAAAUAAAAUGUGAUUUUUUUUAAAUUGAC